GCCAGCUCAAAGUAUGACGAGUAAUAAUCCGAAAUUAUAGAGCUCGGCGCUAUCAGGAUGAAUACGCCAUCCUUCGCGGGUGAGUAAUCGAAGUUUGCGAGUAAGCGAAUGCUCGAAGGGUUUAACGAUUGCUGGAAAGCCCCUCCCGUCGAGCUACUUAGGGAUAUUGGUAGAAAAUUGAACGACGGGUAAUGACCGAACGGGAAAUAAAAAGUGGUCGCCUGCGGUCAGAGAAAUUAUAGGCCUGCGAUAUACGUUCAGUCUCAUUCGGCGAUUCUCCCGGCACACGUGCGUAGCGUUACAUGACUGUUUGGCGAAGUCGCAAACAUGAAAAGCCACGGCGACAAGAAGGCCAGACUGGAAGACCUGAAACGCGGAUAUUACAGAUGCUUGACGCUUAAUGUGAAGAAAUACUUGAACGGAUGGUUUUACGUUUAUUGCAAGAAUACGAGUUUGCACGGCUUUCGUUAUAUAACCGUGGACGGCUCGACGGUGUUCGAAAGUACUCUUUGGUCCAUGGUGUGCGUGUCCGCCAUCACCUUCUGCGUCGUACUCAUGCUUCGCUUGUGGGCGAAUUAUUCGAGGAACCCGAUAGCGACCACUAUCGACACGUCGAAUCUGAUAUGGGACCUGCCAUUUCCGGCCGUUACCGUGUGCAACAAUAAUAAAAUUUAUCGCCCGCACGCCGAUAUUAUCGCCAAACAGCUAUGGAUGAACGGAAUCACCCUGAACGAGACCGAGAGAUUUUUCUCUUCUCUCUUGAGACUGGUGCGACCGAACAAGGUUCUGAUCGACAACACCACCGCGAAAAACAUCCUGGAAAUACUCGGCAUGACGGUCGAUAUGUUAAUGAACAAAUUAAUGCAACCCUGCAGCGCGUUGUUGGUGAAAUGCGCUUGGCUCGGGCAACUUUACGACUGCGACAAGAUAUUCAAGAAGGUGAAGUCGAAGGAGGGCUUUUGCUGUGCCUUCAACUUUCAUCAUGGCUUGAAGCACAGAUACGAUGACGACGAGCUCGAUCAGCCGGAGGUUCAUGAGAAUUCCACCGAUUUCAAUGUCACUUUCGAGUACCAGCCGGGUGUGCGCAGGAUUCUGAAAGCUCCAGGAAGCGGUCGCGACAUGGGACUCGCGGUCGCCUUAAAUAUCGAUCGUUACAAUUACAAAGGCUCGGUGCGGCCCUACGUGGGCGCCUCGAUCCUCAUACACGACCCGAUCGAUUUUCCCGACAUCGGUGCGCAAAUCGCGUCCGUGCCGCCCAGUCACGUCCUGGCGAUAUCUGUUUCCGGCACUUCCAUCAAGAGCAUGGACAAUAUGCGCGACCUCCCCCGGGAGAAGCGUUUGUGCUUGUUCGACAACGAGAUACCAGGUGAAGGGCAUUACAGUUUCCAGUCGUGUGUGUCCGAUUGCAUAGCCAAGAGUUACCAGACCCAGUGCGGCUGUUUGCCGUUUUACUACCCAGAAACACAUAUCGGAGUAAGAACGUGUUACUUGACCGACGUAGAUUGCAUCUUGGCUCGCCGAGGUAAAUCGCUGUCGGGAGAGGAUAGGGCGAGUAAAAAGACUUGCAAAGGAUGUCUGCCUCAAUGCAGCGAUAUCAUGUACUCGAUUGAUGCGGAAGGUGUCAAGAUGGACGUGAAUGUGGGAUACGAGUCGGAAUUAACGCAUGGCUUGGAUCUGGACAACAUAUCGAUAGUGUACGUAUUCUUCGGCGACAUCUCGUACGUCGAGUACCGCAAGGAGAGCAUUCUCAGUUGGGAUGGACUGCUCGCGUCCUUCGGCGGUAUUUUCGGCCUCUGCCUCGGCGGUUCCGUCAUGAGCGUGAUCGAGCUGGUUUACCUCUUGGUGCGGGAGUUUUUCAAGGUCCGCAAGUCGCAGACCGAGCAAUCGCGCGGGAAAAGUUUGCCACCGGCCGCGGAAGUGUUCCUGUCGAUCCCCACUGAGAAGAUCCAGCUGCAGAAGCCACGUAACUAUCGGGAUGCCGUCGACAAGCGCGUUGACGUCUCGUGGUAUCAGCCGAGCCUUCAGCGACACAAGAGGAUGGACUUCGACGACGCAUAUAACAAACGCGUCAAGUUCUGAAGCGGAUUUCGAUCG